AAAUCAAAGCAGAAGAAGAUCACGAAACAACAGCAACUCGGCUCGUGCUCCCCGCUGCCCCCCUCCCCCCCCAUCAUGUUAUUGAUCACCAUCUCGGUGUAGAAGGAAAACAACUCUCACGACAACCACCCUGUUCCGAAACGGAGGCUUUAAAAUGGCAGGCGAGGAGGAGAGGGGGGUGGUUCGUGUCAAAGUCAAGAAAUGUGAUGGGGUGCUUCCUGUGGAGUUCCGCUCCUUUGCUGUCGAUCCUCAGAUAACAUCCCUGGAGGUUCUGCAGCACAUUCUCAUCAGAGCCUUUGAUUUGAACGGGAAGCGGAGUUUUGGGAUCAGCUACUUGUCUCGAGAUCGGAGUGGUGCUGAAAUGUUUCUGUCUCUGCUGUCCGACUGGGAUUUGGAUGUUGCAUUUGUCAGUGCUGCCAAACCAUAUCUGCAGCUCAAGAUGGAUCUAAAACCUUCAGAAGACAGUCCUGUUAUGGAGGACUGGGACAUCAUAAGCCCCAAAGACGUGAUUGGCUCUGAGCAGCUUCUCGCAGAGAGGACGAGGUCUUUGGCAAAUGCAGCUCUUCCCUUCACCCAGUCUCUACUUUCCCAGGUGGGCCGCACCCUGUCCAAAGUCCAGCAAGCCUUCAGCUGGUCUUAUGGGGAAGAGAUCAAGCCAUUCAAGCCCCCUCUGAGCGACGCAGAGUUUCACCAUUACCUCAACGGACAAGGCCAGUUGACACGCCCUGAGGAACUCAGACUGCGCAUCUAUCAUGGUGGUGUGGAUCCUUCACUGCGCAAGGUUGUUUGGCGGUACCUCCUAAACGUCUACCCUGACGGACUGAGUGGACAGGAAAGAAUGGACUACAUGAAGAGGAAGACGAGGGAGUACGACCAACUGAAGAGAGAGUGGACAGCCCGGGUCAGCCACGAGGACCUUGAAUUUAUUCGUGGCAAUGUUCUUAAAGACGCCCUGAGGACGGACCGGGCUCAUCCAUACUAUGCAGGGUCAGAGGACAGUCCACAUUUGACCGCCCUUACAGACCUGCUCACCACCUUUGCCAUCACACAUCCUCAGAUAUCAUACUGUCAAGGCAUGAGUGAUAUUGCCUCCCCUAUACUUGCGGUAAUGGACAAUGAGGCACAUGCCUUCAUUUGCUUCUGUGGCAUCAUGAAACGCCUGGAGGGGAACUUCCGGCCAGAUGGACAGCUCAUGUCUGUUAAGUUCCAGCAUCUGAAGCUGCUCCUGCAGUACUCGGAUCCCGAGUUCUACUCCUACCUGGUGUCCCGAGGAGCCGACGACCUCUUCUUCUGUUACCGCUGGCUGCUUCUGGAGCUCAAGCGGGAGUUUGCGUUUGACGAUGCUUUGAGGAUGCUCGAGGUAACUUGGAGCUCUCUGCCUCCGGAUCCCCCUGAAACCGAAGUGGAGCUUCAGGGACCACCAGUCGAAACCGAUGAAACUACGUCCCGAAGAGACGACGACAAGAUGGUUGAGAAUUACCUCGGAGAAAAUAAGGAACAAAAAGAGAAGCAGCGUAGACAACAUAUGUUGAGGCCUUCAAGAGAAGAACCAGAGAUGAACAGCAAUGCUGUAAUCAAAGGAAAAGACAGAAGAAAUGUAGGCGCUGAAAACGGGAGCAAGAGAGGUGAAUAUGCUAAUCCUCAAGUGAGCAAGGAAAAGGCAGACAUACAGGCUCCUCCUUUUGAGAGGAAAACUAGUUUCGGGGAGUUUAAAUACUAUACUGCCCGUAAUGAAGACAGCUUUCAUAUGGAGGAUGCUGAGCAGCCACAGGGUUUGAUGUCUUCAAAGUCCAUAACAAGCAUCCCACGGCGCCAGUCGACUGUUGACAGUGAGGAGGACAUAGAAGAGAGAACACCUCUCAUAAAAAACUGUGACAAUGGUCUUUCUCCAAUGUCAUCGCCUCCUUUUUCUGGUGGCCUACCAAUCUGGCAAACUGUCCCUUCUGUGUCCCCCACAUCUCCAGCUUCAUCCUCGAGCUGGCCAGGUGCCUCUCCAGACUCUCCUUCAAAAUCCACAACCAAUGAAAGUGAGGCCUUCCCAAGAACUGUGCCAAAGGUAUUGACCUCUUCUGCCCAAAUGCUGAGCAGUACAGGGAUUAACUCGCCCACGACCCCCACUCUAAAAGCAUCAGUUGCGUCCCCAACCUACAAUCGAUCCCUCCUCUCUUCACCCAUUUUGUCCUUUGGAAGAGGCCCUUCGCUGUCUGGCAGCAGGUCGACCCCUAGCACCACAGCUAACACUCCCAGUUCUUUGAAAGCGGAGACCACCAGCAUCAAACCGUGUUCCCUGCCGCCUCCUCAAGAGUUCGGCAAAGGCAAUCCCUUCAUGUUGUUCCUGUGCCUGUCCAUCCUGCUGGAGCACCGAGACCACAUCAUCAAGAACAGCUUGGAUUAUAAUGAGCUAGCCAUGCACUUUGAUCGCCUCGUGCGGCGCCACAACCUGAGCAGGGUGCUGCAGCGGGCCAAGGCAUUAUUUGCAGACUAUUUGCAGAGUGAAGUGUGGGACUCGGAAGAAGGGGACGAGGUUAGCUCGGACUCCCCGACAACAGCUACAGCCGGUCAACACUCCCCGUCUUCAACCAUCUCUACCAGGCCCGUUUACAGCCCCGUAGCAUCGCCUCAGCCAUCGGCUCCCAACUCUACCUAUAACCUGGCCACCACCAUUCCCUCCCCAACAGUUCAAGUGUUCCUUUCUCCCACUUCCUGAUUGCAUCAUAUGUCAUUGGUUCCCCAUCCUCAGUAGACUUUGGCCCUUUGGAGGUUUAGACCUUUUUAUCGGCCGCCCUCCACAUUGAAUUGGGCUGUUAAGGAUCUUCUCAUUCUGUGUAUGCUUGAAUACAUAUGUAUAUUCCUUGUGUCUGUAAUCCGUUUAUUUAUCGACCUUUCAAGUUUAGCCAUUUAGUUGUCUGUCCUUGAAGAGCUUCAUUUCUCAUCAUAUCUUGCUGAUGCAUGAAAUGUUAGACCCUGUGGUUCUGGUGUCUGACAGUUUGGCUGAUUUGCCAGAACCGACAAAUGUUUUUAGCCGCUUGGUACAUUUUGCCUUUUUUGUCCUUUUUGAUGAACUUAGUUUACAAGUUCCUGUUCUGUCCAAUAAGCCACGCACGUGUCUUAAUUAAAGCACUCAAGUUCCGUUGGUUCUAUACAUAUGGUAAUACCCAGAUUAAUUGUCAGUCUGUCACAAGGUAAACUGAAGACACCACUGAGAAGCAAGGCCAGCACACAUACUGGACUAACCUUCCUGACCCAGCCUGUCACCUUGAACCUUAAAGGCUGAAUCAACACUACGUAGAGAGCUGAGGGCACAAAUGGGCCGACCGUUGCCCCAAGAGGUGAUGAUUUGACUUUGGCAGCAAUAUAAAACCUCUGCUGUGCAGUGCGACCGUAUAGAGAAGUAAACUUUAGAGGAAAGAGGCAUGAGACCUCUAUUGACAUGAUGCUCACUUAUAAACUGCAUUAAGAAAAACACCCAAUAUUUAAAGGGAAGGUCCACUGAUGUCACACAGGAAGUCCUACCCACCCUGUGAAAAAAAGAGCGUUGUCAAGUAGAAGGCCCACAAAUCUUAGGAGCGGUGUGAAUGCUUUCAAAGUCAACAGAAAGACACGAUUAAACACACAUUUGCCUCCAGCUUCAAGGACAAUGUUACAACUCAUUUGAACAAUGCACACUGAUCCCAGGGCUCAUGAACCUGCUUCAUAGACAAACAGGAAAUAAGAGCGCUGGACUUCCUGGGUUCAGUCAGAGAAUCAAUCCCACAGAUGUGAUCCAUGCAUCCGUUGCUAGCUUCCAGCUAACGUGUGUGUGUUUUGUAAAUGAACGGUUUGAAGGACACAAGUCAAAAAAAGGUGCUUAAUUUUCUAUUUGUACACACAUUACCAAAAUAACCCUGGUGACGUACCCAGUGCUCUCCGUUUGGACAUGGAGACUCCAGAUGUAUAAGAGACCGUCCUAAUUACGAUCUGGGGUAGGGAGGGUUGCAUUAUGGGAAAUGGUGGAUUCAGUGGGGUAACCCAGUCACUGCUGUCUGUCUCUGCUGCUUCCAUUUCAACGGUUCUUUUAAAAUAUGUCUCUUGCAUGUCCCCCAAUUUUAUGAAAGUGCAAUAUAGAUCACAAUUUCAACACACAUUGCCUCAAGCCGUUUGGGAACCAAGUUGUCGGUUGGAUUUUUCUUUUUACUUUUUCUACUGAAUCUGGUCUUGGUGGCCUAAUACCCAGACAUAUGGGUCGAAACAGAACAAUGUUGCUGUGGCUCAUAUAUUCCACCACUUCUACAUUCAUACUGUUAAUGUUUUACGCUGUAGAUGAGCCUAAAUGAAUCUAUGUCUAUCUUUACCCUGUGAUUGUGUUGCUAUGAGCUUGAUGUUCUUGUCAUUUCCGCUAUCACCAAAACCAAACCUUCUAAAGGUUUAAUGUCGCUUGAAUGCUUUACGGAUUACUGCUUCGGUAAAGAAGUGGGUCCAUGAUUUACAUUUCUUUCCUUAAGUGCUCCAUAUUUAAGGGGGAGGUAAGAGGACGUGAGGGACAGGGUCCUAAACUAAGCUCACAUCAGCAGAGCAUGUAUUGGUGAGACGUUCACAUGGGCGGUUUAGUUUGAGCUAAAUAUUCUUACACAGCCACAGGUGUUUUUUUUAUGUUUAGUUUUUGCUUGUUUAUUUUUCUAACUUUGAAUGUGACUCAGCCAAUCACAACUGAGCACUGCCAACAGCUGUUGUGGUCUGACCACCGAGGAGCAGAUGAGAAUCUGACAUUAAGAGGAUAUGUGGUUACAGCACUGUAGAGAUCAGUGUGGCGUUGAUCUCCAUUCUACACAUACCUUUCUGGUAAUAUAGCGUAUGUGCUGGACUCAUACAUUCAAACUACAGCUCUAGUAAACAUUGUCGACCUGUGAGACUGUAUUCACGGUUUGAGUGGCCUGAGCAGGAAGUGUGACGCUCCACCUCGAACUGGGAAACCCCUCUUUUACAAGUGCUUCUGUUUUAAGCAGAAACUAAAGUACUCGUCAUGUCUUUGGAAAGUCCUGUAUGAUUGUUGUGGUUAUUACUCUUACAUUUGGUUUGGCCUCCUUUUGUAUAUCAGUAUUUAAAAGCAUAUUUAAGAAGAACUGAAGUAUCUGGACCAUGAGCAACAUGUGCAUUUACAAUACCAUUUCUAAAUGAUUUGUUUAUCUCAAAUGAUAUAUGUGCACAAAAGGUAAACUUUUAAUCAUACAACACACAACAAUGUUACGGAUUGUAUAUUGGACACAAAUAAAUAAUCAAUGCAA